UCGCGUAGUCUAAAAAAAAAAAACAACCAAAUCCCUACACAUCCAACCGGCAAAAUGUUCAUCGAAGAGGACAUUAACAUGGAAAGCGCCUGGGUGCAGACGGCCAUCGGGGCGAUCAAGAUCAUCACGAUGGUGUACGACAUCAUCACGAUGCCGAUCUAUCUGGCCAUCCAGCGACCGUGGAAGCGCAAGCAGCUCGCCCGAAGGGUGAAGGCCAAGAUCAUUCAGCAGGACAGCACCUCUAUCACAUACCGGACGGUCGAUUCGCCCGGCGAGAUGCACGUCAAGAUGAUGCAGAACAACAUCGACACGCUCGAGCGGAUGUUCAACUUCGUCACGAAGGUGCACACCACCAAGCGGUGCAUCGGUACCCGGCAGAUCCUCGGCGAGGAGGACGAGAUGCAACCGAACGGUCGGAUGUUCAAGAAGUUCCGCAUGGGCGAUUACGUGUGGCGCAACUUUAUCGAAACGGAGCAUGCCGCCGCCUGCUUUGGGCGCGGACUGCGCGAACUUGGCCAGCAGCCGAAACAGAACAUUGUCAUUUUCGCGGAAACGCGCGCCGAAUGGAUGAUUGCGGCGCACGGGUGUUUUAAGCAGAACAUGCCGGUGGUGACAAUCUACGCAACGCUCGGUGAUGAUGGUGUGGCGCACGGAAUCAACGAGACGGAAGUAACGACCGUGAUUACGUCACACGAGCUGCUGCCCAAAUUUAAGAGCGUGCUGAACGUGACACCGAACGUGAAGAAGAUCAUCUUCAUGGAGGAUCAGUUGCAUCCGACGGAAACGACCGGAUUUAAGGAGGGCGUUGAGAUCAUUCCCUUCAGCAAGGUGAUCGAAACGGGCAGCAAGAGCACGAUCCCUGGUUCUCCACCGGCAGCCGAAGAUACGGCCAUCAUCAUGUACACGUCCGGUUCGACUGGAACGCCCAAGGGUGUACUUCUGUCACACGCGAACUGUAUCGGUACGAUGAAGAACUUUUGCGACAUCUUCAAGAUUUAUCCGGAUGAUGUGUUGAUUGGCUUCUUACCAUUGGCGCACGUGUUUGAGCUGCUGGCGGAGAGUGUCUGUUUACUGACGGGCGUACCGAUCGGGUAUUCAACACCACUUACACUGAUCGAUUCGAGCAGCAAGGUGAUGAAGGGUUGCAAAGGAGAUGCGUCCGUGUUACGACCAACGUGCAUGACCUCGGUACCGCUUAUCCUGGAUCGAAUUUCGAAGGGUAUCAAUGACAAGGUAAACGCAGAAACACCCAUGAAGAAAGCAUUCUUCAAGUUCGCCUACAACUACAAAUCAAAAUGGACGUCACGUGGCUACCAGACUCCGCUAAUGGACAAGAUCAUCUUCAAAAAGAUCGCUAAACUGCUCGGUGGCCGUAUUCGGAGUGUCCUGUCCGGUGGUGCACCACUCGCACCGGACACGCACGAACAGAUUAAGCUUUGUCUGUGUGUGGACGUGAUUCAGGGUUACGGUUUAACGGAAACUACAGCCGGAGCAGCUGUAAUGGACAAAUGGGACAUGGAGUAUAGUCGAGUUGGUGCACCCUCCUCCAGUAAUGAUAUACGAUUAAUAAACUGGGAGGAGGGCAACUAUCGGGUCACAAAUAAACCUUACCCACAGGGUGAGAUUGUAGUCGGCGGUACAACCGUAUCGAAAGGAUACUACAAAUUACCGGGCAAAACGCAGGAAGACUUCUUCGAGGAGGAUGGCCAACGGUGGUUCCGCACUGGAGAUGUGGGUGAAAUUCAUCCCGAUGGUGCGCUUAAGAUUAUUGAUCGUAAGAAGGACUUGGUGAAGCUGCAGGCGGGCGAAUAUGUGUCGCUCGGUAAGGUCGAAUCGGAGCUGAAAACGUGCCCGGUGGUGGAAAAUAUCUGCGUGUACGGUGACUCGACGAAACAGUUUACGGUGGCGCUGGUCGUGCCGAACCCGAAACAUUUGGAAGAUAUUGCCGAAAGGUUGGACAUACGUGGGGUCGAGUUUGAGGAGCUGUGCGAUAACAAGAAGGUGGAAAAGGCUGUCCUGCAAGAAAUGGCUGACCAUGGCCGUAAAUGCAAACUGCACCGUAGCGAAAUCCCUGCCGCCGUACAUCUGUGCAAAGACAUCUGGACGCCCGAUAUGGGUCUGGUGACAGCCGCCUUCAAGCUGAAGCGCAAAGACAUCCAGGAGCGAUAUCAGGCCGAAAUCAACAAGAUGUACGCGUCGUAG